AUGUCAAAGUACCAUAAACGAGAGUACUUGAGAGAAAGAGACAUUAUUGACUUUGCUUUGGCACAAGACCUCUUCAUGCCCAUGUUGGGGCUGGAGAAGGAAGAUGAUGGCAUAAAAAUGAUCGACGAGAUGGAUGGAAAUGCAGAGUGCAGUACUGUAAGUAAUUUUAUUUUACCGUAUCAUAUUUUCUUUUGUUCUAUUCUACCUUACCCUAACUUACCCUACCCUACCCUACCCUACCCUACCCUACCCUACCCUACCCUACCCUACCCCACCCUACCCUCCCCUACCCUAUCCUACUCUAUCUUAUCCUACCCUACCCUAUCCUACUCUAUCCUAUCCUACCCUACCCGAUUUUACCCUACCCUUAUAUUUACUCUUCUCCGCCAUACCCUUACCUAUUCUUUUCCUAGCAUGCCCUUACUUACUUUUUUCUAGCUUCCUCUUACAUUGCCUUAGCCUCAUCAUAUCCUAUCUUUUAUUUUAUCUUUUUCUUUAUUACUCUUUUUUCAGUCAAACCACAGCCCCAAUGCAACAGUAAACUCAGAAGUACACGAAACAAAAACUAAAAAUAUUACAGUAAGCUCGGAUCGAUUUGAAGCCCAAGAAAAACCAAUUGACAUAGAAGCUAUUGCUGGCUAUUUGGACACGAUUAGAAGGAGUAAAAAAGACCAAAAGGAGCAGAAGAAGAGGGUAAAGGUGCAACCGGCCAAGAUCACAACUUCGAAAACUGGUCCAGAUGAUGCUGGAUACUUCACCAACUUCUUGACCAAAUUCCGAAAAAUCAAAAAUUCUAAAUCUUGA